GAAAAACGUCCUUACGUCAUCGAAAAUUGCAGUUUGACUUUAAGGCGCGGUCAACGUGUUGCUGUCAUCGGGCCAUCCGGAGCCGGUAAAUCAACUCUGGUUGCCAUGCUUUUGCGCGUAGUUGAGCCGGAGACCGGAGAGCUGACAAUAGAUGGCCACUCCUAUAAUGCAUUUGAUAUUCGUGAUCUUCGUAAAAAUGUUGCCUGGUUGUCACAGACGACACAUAUUUUUGCGGAUACGAUACGAAAUAACCUCUGCCUUGGUGGGUGUUAUUACCCGGAGGAGGCCCUCUGGAAUGCCCUCAGCCAAGCAGGACUGGCGCAUGUUGUCAAAGACCUGCCAGACGGUCUCGACAGCUGGGUCGGUGAAGGGGGUAAAGCACUUUCAGGCGGUGAGGGGCGUCGCCUUGUUCUGGCGCGGAUCCUGCUCUCAGAUGCGCCGAUUAUUAUCCUUGAUGAACCGACAACCGGCCUGGACGCUGAAACUGCUGAAAGUUUUUUCAAAACUUUUGAGGCUGCCACCAAGGACAAAACUGUCCUGCUUGUGCUUCAUCGUCUCACCGGUACUGAAAAGCUUGAUUUGGUUUGGAAACUGGGUGAUGGUCACGUGAAG